ACACGCACCGCCACAAUUUCUAGUUCCUGCCUAUAAAUAAUAAGGUAGCAUUCUUCUCCUCUCCAUCAGCCAGUGUUUCAUCUAUUUGAUCAAGCCUUUUAAGCUUUUGUGUGACCAAUUUUGAAGCUUUAGUUUCGGAGGGUGAGAAGUUCUCUUCCAGCUAGGUACAUGGUUGAUAUCGACGUCCAGAUCCCAUCUGCUUUUGAUCCAUUUGCUGAGGCUAAGGACUCAGGUGCCCCUGGAGCCAAAGAGUAUGUUCAUAUUCGUAUACAACAAAGGAAUGGAAAGAAAAGCUUGACAACAGUUCAAGGACUGAGGAAACAAUUCAGUUACGAAAAGAUCCUCAAAGACCUGAAAAAAGAGUUCUGUUGCAACGGUAAUGUUGUGCAGGAUAAGGAACUUGGAAAAGUGAUACAACUUCAAGGAGAUCAGAGAAAGAAUGUUUCUCACUUUCUUGUGACUGCUGGUAUUGUCAAAAAGGAUCAGAUCAAGAUUCAUGGUUUUUAAGAAGUUUGUUGAAUAUUAUUAGUUGUUUGGAUUUUAAGGGGUUGUUUUGGUUAAUGCCCAUGAUUUUGCCAUGGGUUUCUUUCUGAAUUGUGGUGGUUGUGCUUUGUUUUCAGAUAAUAAUAAAUUUGGUUUUCUUGAUCUA